UUUACCCCCAUUUCCCCCUCCCCAAAUUCAGGCUCUCUCAUCGUCGCCGCCGGCUGCUUCAUCCCCCUGCGCUCCGUCCGCCGCCUGACGCUGCACCGCGGCGGCUCCACCGUCACCAUUUCCACUCACGGCCCCCUGGGUUUGGGUCAGGGUCGUUCCCUCACCGUCCCCCUGCGUCACCUGUCGUGCCGCUCCCACCGCUCCGACGUCCGCACCUCCAUCCCCCUCAAGGUGAAGGGCAGGGUGGCUUUUUUUCUCCUGGAUGCUCGGGGGCAGCUCGACAACCCGCGACUCUUCGACAUCACCGUCGGCGCUUAUCGAAAGCUGUAGGGGUAACGGGGGGGCAGGGGGGGUGGUGGUGACACCCCGGAAGUGGUGGCAGCCCUAAAUGUCACCUCCUGGGGUUGUUGGUACCCCCAGAUGUCACCUCUUGUGGUUGUUGGCACCCCUAAAUGUCACCUCUUGCGGCUCUGUUUCCCUUCUAAGAAUGGUUACAGUGUUAUUUACUGA